AUGGAGAGCCUAAAUAUUCCAAAGAAUGUGAGCAUGGAUUUAUUAGAACCUUUGAUAACAAUUUGUGUUAUAUUUAUUUGUUUAUAUAUGAUUAUUAGUAUUGAAAGUCCUGUAUAUUAUUUGAUAAGAACUUUUCUUUUUAAAUCAAAAAUAUUUCUUCAUGAAAUAAAAGAUAUAUUUACAAAAAUUAAUUAUUUUGCUUUAAUAUUUUCUUCUUUUUUUUUUGUUUCAUAUUACAUUUUGAAUAUUUUAAAUUACAAAAAUGUGAAAUCUCUUUUUUGUGUUAAUUUUGAUUAUUAUGAUACUAUUUUAAAUUAUAAUUUAAAAUAUAUUAAUAUUCAAUCUAUAUUUCAACCUGGCAUCAGUGAAAAUUAUUUAGUUAAUUUUUUAUAUUCCUUCAAAUUUCUUUUUCACAUUUUUUUUUUAAAUAAUUCAAACCUUAUAAAAACAAUUUGCACUUCUUCUCUUGUUUAUAUUAUGUUGUCUUUAUAUGCCAAACGUGUUAAUAGGAUUAUCUUUAUAAGCAGCAUAAUUUCAAAUAUUAUACUAUCAGGAUUUGUAAUCGUUUACUUUUUUAAAAAGUUUUUAAAUAUAAAAUAUAAUCAUUGUGGGCAUGAAAUAUUUUCAUUUGUUUUUUUAUUAUUCUUUUAUAUAAACAAUCCUUAUUUAAGCGUCUACCAAUAUAAUGACAGAAGUUUACAUCCUUAUCAUGGUACUGAAAUAAGAAUUUAUAUCCAUAUAUUAUUCUUUAUUUUUUAUAUAAUUAAUAAUGAAAAAUUUUAUGAAAUCAAAUUAUUGGUUGCGAUUAUUAUCUAUUUUAUAAUAUUCUUAAGGAAUACCAUAGACACUUUUAAGAUAUAUACCUUCUUAAAAGUUAUUUGGCUAGUAGCUUAUUAUGUAACAAAUAAUUAUCUACCUUUUACAUUUUCACAACAUUUUAAUAUAUCCACAAUUUUUAAUUCAAACAUUAUGAGAAUACUAAGCAAAGAAAUAAAAAAUAAUAUCUCCUUAUAUCACUUCAAUACCAUUUCAAAAUUGCCAUUUAAUUACUUAAUAAGUAAAACAUCUUUUUUUUGGAUACCUUAUAUGUUAUUAAACAAGGACAAUAAAAAUUUUAAAUAUGUAAUAAUGCUUUUGAUGGUCAUUAAUAUAAUAGCUACAUGUACCUAUUUGCCUCAUAAUAUAUAUCCUGGGAUUCCUCUGAACUUAUUACUUUUAUAUUAUCUAAAUAAAAUUAAAAUAUAA